CGCAGUUGUUUGGUCUUCGUGUCUCGGUUUACCGGAGUUCACUUUGUCCUUUGUAGUUCUAUUAUAGAUUUCAUUUCUUAUAAAAUGAGGUUGGUCGUUUCUCUAGCCUUUAUAGGCUACAUGUUAGGCAAUGUCCAAGCUUUAUAUUUUCAUAUGGGAGAGACAGAAAAGAAGUGUUUUAUUGAGGAAAUCCCCGACGAGACUAUGGUGAUAGGAAAAUACAAAACCCAGUUGUAUGAUGAAAAUAUCAAGGACUUCCUGCCUUCCAGCCCUGGUAUUGGAAUGCAUGUAGAGGUUAAAGAUCCUAACGGCAAGAUUAUAAUGUCCAAAUACUACUCUUCUGAAGGACGGUUCACCUUUACUUCACACACACCUGGUGAACAUGUCAUCUGUUUGCAUUCCAACUCCACGCGGUGGUCACUCUGGGCUGGAGGUCGUCUGCGAAUCCAUCUAGAUAUCCAAGUUGGUGAACAUGCCAACGACUAUGCCCAGAUAGCUGCUAAGGACAAACUAACAGAACUACAGCUCCGCAUCCGACAGCUCCUGGAUCAAGUGGAGCAAAUUAGCAAGGAGCAAAACUACCAGAGGUUCCGUGAGGAGAGAUUCCGCAUGACCAGUGAGAGCACAAACCAGCGUGUCUUAUGGUGGGCCCUAGCCCAGACGGUUAUUCUCUUGGCAACAGGAUUCUGGCAGAUGCGACAUCUAAAGGGUUUCUUUGAGGCCAAGAAACUGGUUUAGAUAAAAGAAUGAGCAAUGACACCAUCAUUCAAAUCUAUCAUCUUAGAUCUACUGCAAGAAUUUGAAGCAGCAGGAAGAUCAGAUAUAUUGUCAGGUUUUAGAGGUUUCCAUCAUUAUCAAUGUUGGAAAGACCACAGGACUUACCUGUAGCUCUAACAAUAACAGCAGCACUUAUCUAUUAAAAGAAAUGGAGAACUGUUUUUAUCCAAGAAUAUGCAAGCCUUCGACUAUCUGAUUGUUUAUUUAUGAAUAGCAACAUUUUCAAGCUAGUAGCUUAGAAAAUACUAGCAUUGCAAACCUUUGUAGUGCUCCAAAACAGGUUUUAACUUGGUAACUAUUUUCAACUUUUGGUGGGUUUUCAAAUAAAUAGACAUAUCUUUACCUCAUUCUUUCUGCAAAUGGCACAGAACAGAAACAAAUAAUUAUUUGAAUAGCAAAUAUCAUGGAUAGCUUGAGAUGUCAAUGUAUGUGGGUCAUAGUACACUACAGAGCUCUAGUCUUUUGGCUUGGUGCUCUGUAGUAACAGUCAUUUUCACAAAGUUUUCAUCACUUUAAAACAUAAGUUUUGUAAUUUGCAAGUUUGUAUCUCUCUUGUUAUAGCAUUUAGUACUGUCUGGACAGAAAACCAGUUGUCUAUACAUUGCAAAACUUGAUAUUAGGUUAGGAUUACAGAGAAAAAAACACAACUGAAUCCAGAUAUAAAGGAUGGCACUUGUGAUAUAAUGAAUAAGCUGUAAAAUAUGUGUAGCAUGAUCUACAUAGCGCAGCAAUCCAGAAUGGCUUUUUUUUUAGACUACUGUAGUAAAGAGACUAAAUGUACAGAAUUAUUUUGACACACGCACAAAUCAGUUAGGUUUAUUCCUUUACUCACAGCAAAAUUCAGGAACAAUAAAAAUUUAGAAAAAAACAUUUUUUUGUCAUUUGUUUCUCGCUACAGUUGCUGGAUGUCUUAUGUUUUUUUAUGUGGUUGAUCAAAUGGAUUCACUUUCAAUUUAAAUAAAAUAGAAAUAGGGAUAAAUUCUUAUUUUGUAAUAUAUUGUGUGAGAAUGUCCGAUGAUAAUGGAUGAUGUAUUUAUAUUGAUUUAUGUGUUUUAUCAACAUUAAGUGAAAUUUUAAUAAUUCUUGUCUUAUGAAUACUA